ACACAUUUAAAAAAAGUAAUUUAAAAUCACAUUUAUGGAAAAUAUCUGCAUUUCUUUCAGGUGUCCUUUGCAAUAUUUGGAAAGUGGAUUAUCAUCUGCGACAAAUCUGUGCAGUGAAGGGCUCGUCCGCGGUCGUUCUUUGCACAUUUCACUAUCCUGCUGAAUCCAGAGUGCUGCAUGUCUUCUGGGUUCAUGAAAGGGAAAAUAUUUUUGAAGGUCCCUUCGUCUUUGACAGCAGGUUAAAAAAUUACUUAAAACGAUUCCAGUAUAUCGGUGACAGAUCUCACAACUGUUCCUUAAAAAUAAAUGGAGUGCAGCGUGAGGAUGCAGGAGAAUACGCCUUCAGGUUUAUAACUACCAGAGACAAGAUGACGGGUCUAAACGGAUCAAACCUGACGGUUGUGGGUAAGUGCGUUUUUUUCCUUCGUGAUUGUAAAUGUUCACCGUACUUUAAGUUGCAAAGUCUGAAUCAGUGUUUUAACUUUGUAGAUUUGAAAGUUGCUGUCGCAAAGACGAAUAGAAAAGGUCCGGUGAUGGAAGGCGACUCUGUGAAUCUGACUUGCAUCAACAGCUGCAGUGGCGGCAACCGAUCAUCUUCUUUCACCUGGUUUAAGAAUGGAGAAGCCGUGCGUGAUGGCCCUGUACUUUACUUAACAAACAUAUCCUCCACCAGCUCGGGAAAUUAUUCGUGUUCUCUACAAUCAGACAGCGGAAGUAUUUCAGCAGUCAAGCACAUCAAUGUUGAAUAUGGCCCCAAGAACACAUCAGUAUCCUUAAGGCCAUUGGUUGAGGUAGACAUCGGGAGCAACAUCACUCUGAUCUGCAACAGCUACGCAAACCCUCCAGUGGAAAAUUAUACUUGGUUUUCCUUAUGUGACAAUCAUAUUGUUGCUGUUGGACACCAGCCUGAAUUACAUUUCAUAAAGUUCUCCUCUGGAAAUGCUAGCAAGUACUUAUGCAGCGUCACCAACAGACAUGGAAGCCAAAAUUCUUCUGUUGUGAUGUUAAAAGCCAAAGAUGAGCUGACCAUGACCAGAGACAUAUUUAUCAUUGGUACAGUUGGAUUACUUCUGAUUGUGGCUCUUGGCAUCACCAUCAGAAGCCUCAGCCAGAAGGAGGUACCAGUUCCAAAAAUGGACUCAGCACAAAACAUGCAGGAUACAGCCAUUUAUGUCAACUGGAUGCCACAUGAUGGUGGCCGAUCACAAGAUGGAAAUACGUGUGAGGCAGAAACAUCAGAGGUCAUCUACACAACUGUUUACAUCAACACAGAGAGAAAGUCAGACACAAAGCAGCAGGUGGAUUUAAAAAAUGAUGCUGAUGUGAUUUACAGCACAGUGUGCAGUGACCAAGUGUUGAAUCCACAUCUGUAACAAAAUUCAUGGAGGAACUCUGGAAAUGUGAAAACUGUCACACAAACAAGAAAAUAAGCAUUUUAAUUUUUUUUUUUAUCUAAAUGUUUAUUGUUCAAAAUAAGGCAUCACCACCAACACCUUCGAUGAGAGGUGGAUAUAGACCAGUUACCUGCCCGGGUGGUUGCCAUCCAGGCCCUGAGGCAGUUUCAAGGUGUGAUGAAUGUGAUAACAAACAGCAUCAGCUUAUCGUCCCAGAUGUGACUUGAAAUUUUUACAUAUUUCCUGUGACUCACUGAUUGUGAAUUUUGAAUUAGAAACUUUUGAUUCAGUGACAUAAUCACGACUCAUACCUUACUAAAUUAUUCAGGAGAUUCUUUACCACUUGUGAAAGUGCUGGAUGAUUUUUUUUUUCUUUAAUGCAUAUUAACACAGCCUGAAUCUACAACCUCAAAUAAUUUUCAAUUUCAAUUUCAAUUUCAAUUAAGAAAAGAAUUGUAUGAUAAAGAAAAUGCAUAUUAAAAAAAUAAUUUAAUGAUCUUUA